GAAACACCCCGAGUGUAAAUUUGGUAUAAAAGGAUGCUGUAAUCGUUGCAUUGUGAGUUCUUGACUUCCAGGCUUUAUCCAUUAGAGUGCUUAGCUUUUGACUGGCUUGAGAUGGAGAUUAGGAGGCUUGCUGCUUCCCUUGUGAAGUUGGUAUCUGUGUUGCUAUCACUGUCAUCUUCAUUUAUGGCGUUGAGCUUGGCUUCACCAGAUGCCAACUUCAACGACUACAGGCGUAAUCUUUUGGCAAAUGGCCUUGGCAUCACUCCUCCCAUGGGAUGGAAUAGUUGGAAUCACUUCAGCUGCAACAUUAAUGAGAUUGUCAUCGAACAAACUGCUGAUGCUUUGGUUUCCACUGGUCUCUCAAAGCUUGGAUAUACCUAUGUAAACAUAGAUGAUUGUUGGGCUGAAAUAUAUAGAAGUGACAAGGGUGAAUUACUGCCUAAGAACUCAACAUUUCCUUCUGGUAUUAAAGCUCUGGCAGACUAUGUUCACAGCAAAGGGCUUAAGCUUGGUAUAUACUCAGAUGCAGGGUAUUUUACUUGCAGCAAAGCUAUGCCUGGUUCACUUGGUCAUGAGGAACAAGAUGCGAAAACAUUUACCUCAUGGGGCAUUGACUAUUUAAAGUAUGACAAUUGUAACAAUGAUGGAACAAAGCCAACUCUCAGAUAUCCUGUAAUGACCCGAGCUUUGAUGAAUACUGGUCGUCCCAUUUUCUUUUCACUAUGUGAAUGGGGAGACCUGCACCCUGCUUUAUGGGGUUUCAAGGUAGGAAAUAGCUGGAGAACAACUAAUGAUAUUGCUGAUACUUGGGACAGCAUGAUGUCUAGAGCAGAUAUGAAUGAAAUUUUUGCUGAGCUUGCAAGGCCUGGUGGUUGGAAUGAUCCUGAUAUGCUAGAGGUUGGAAAUGGAGGGAUGACAAAGAAUGAAUAUACCGUACACUUCAGCAUAUGGGCCAUUUCCAAGGCUCCCCUUCUUCUUGGCUGUGAUGUGAGAAACAUGACUAAAGAUACAAUGGAAAUUGUGGCCAAUAAAAAAGUCAUUGAUGUUAACCAAGAUUCACUUGGCAUUCAAGCAAAGAAGGUUAGAUCUGAAGGUGAUCAAGAGAUUUGGGCAGGACCCCUUUCAAACUACAGGGUGGCUUUACUUCUGGUAAACCGAGGUCCAAUACGCUAUUCUAUUACAGCCAACUGGGACAACAUUGGCAUCCCUGAAAAAAGUGUUGUUGAAGCUAGAGAUCUGUGGGAGCACGAGACAUUAAAAACCAAAUUUGUUGGGAAUCUGACAGCUACUGUGGAGUCUCAUGGAUGCAAGAUGUAUGUGUUGAAACCAGUUGCUUAAGUGUUCACAUUGCUUACAAUAUUUUCAUAAACGAGUAUGGUGUAAAUGGUCUAUUGUAGUUUGAUUGAAUGAUGUCACAGCUAUGUCACACACAUGGUACUUGAGACUAAUAAUUAAUCAAGUUUGGAAGAAGCGAGGCGCUUCUUUUUCAAGCGCAUACCAAAAUGAGAUGUUGCUUGAAUGUCAUAUUGUUGGCAAUACUGUAACAUAUUAGCCAAAUUAAGGAUGUAUUCAAGCUGAGUUUGUUCA